GGGAGCGGCGCCGAGCCCGGGGCGCAGAGCGCGGGAGGCGGCGGCGCGGAGCCCAGGAUCUGGGGCUUCCAGCUGUCCUGUAAGCAGACCAGUGCCCCAGCAGGAGGAAUGGCCCAGCAACACCACUGGUGAGAAACGCCACCAAAAGAAGUACUGGGGGACUGACUGGAGGAGGGGGCCCUCAGAGUUCUGGAGAAAUCUCUUCUGGAUGUGGAUCCAAGGCAGAAGUCACGCCCCAGCCUUGGAGCCAGCGGGCCUUGCUGCCUGACCCUUCCUUUCUCUGCAGGUGGCACUGCUGCCGGAUGGGAGUGCCCAGAUCUGUUGGAUGAAGUGGCUGUGCACACCAUGUCAUCAUGUGUCUCUAGCCAGCUCAGCAGUGACCAGGCCGCCCCCCAGGAUGAGCUGGGGGGCGGGGGCAGCAGCAGCGAAGGCCAGAAACCCUGUGAGGCCCUACAGGGCCUCUCAUCCUUGAGCAUCUGCUUGGGCAUGGAGUCCUUCAUCGUGGUCACCGACUGUGAGCCAGGCGGUGCUGUGGACCUCGGCUUGGCCCGGGACCAGCCCCUGGAGGCCGAUGGCCGAGAGGCCCCUCUCAAUGCUUCGGGGCCCCAGGUCCGGUCCCACCUCUCGGGUCGCAAGCUAUCCCUGCAGGAACAGUGCCAGGGUGGGCCAGUGGCCAGCAGCAGCCUGGACAUGAAUGGCCGCUGUGUCUACCCGUCCCUGCCCCACUCGCCUGUCAGCUCCCCGCAGUCCUCACCACGGCUGCCCCGGCGGCCCACUGUGGAGUCUCACCACGUCUCCAUCACAGGGAUGCAGGACUGUGUGCAGCUGAAUCAGUACACGCUAAAGGACGAAAUCGGAAAGGGCUCCUAUGGCGUGGUCAAGUUGGCCUACAAUGAAAACGACAACACGUACUAUGCGAUGAAGGUGCUGUCCAAAAAGAAGCUCAUUCGCCAGGCCGGCUUUCCACGACGCCCCCCACCCCGAGGUACUCGGCCUGCUCCUGGAGGCUGCAUCCAGCCCCGCGGCCCCAUUGAGCAGGUGUACCAGGAAAUUGCCAUCCUGAAGAAGCUGGAUCACCCCAACGUGGUGAAGCUGGUGGAGGUCCUGGAUGACCCCAAUGAGGACCAUCUGUACAUGGUGUUUGAACUCGUCAACCAAGGGCCUGUGAUGGACGUGCCCACCCUCAAACCCCUGUCUGAAGACCAGGCUCGUUUCUACUUCCAGGAUCUGAUCAAAGGCAUUGAGUACCUACACUACCAGAAGAUCAUCCACCGGGACAUCAAGCCUUCCAACCUCCUGGUUGGAGAAGAUGGUCACAUCAAGAUUGCUGACUUUGGUGUGAGCAAUGAGUUCAAGGGCAGUGAUGCCCUCCUCUCCAACACCGUGGGCACACCUGCCUUCAUGGCUCCUGAGUCGCUCUCAGAGACCCGCAAGAUCUUCUCUGGGAAGGCCUUGGAUGUUUGGGCCAUGGGUGUGACACUGUACUGCUUUGUCUUUGGUCAGUGCCCGUUCAUGGAUGAGCGGAUCAUGAGUUUACACAGUAAGAUCAAGAGUCAGGCCCUGGAGUUCCCAGACCAGCCUGACAUAGCCGAGGACUUAAAGGACCUGAUCACCCGUAUGUUGGACAAGAACCCAGAGUCGAGGAUUGUGGUGCCAGAAAUCAAGCUGCACCCCUGGGUCACGCGGCACGGGGCUGAGCCAUUGCCAUCGGAGGACGAGAACUGCACGCUGGUCGAGGUGACUGAAGAGGAGGUCGAGAAUUCUGUCAAACACAUUCCCAGCCUGGCGACCGUGAUCCUGGUGAAGACCAUGAUUCGGAAACGCUCGUUCGGGAACCCAUUUGAGGGCAGCCGGCGGGAGGAACGCUCACUGUCUGCUCCUGGGAACCUGCUCAUCAAAAAAACAACCAGGGAGUGGGAGCCCCUGUCUGAGCCCAAGGAAGCAAGGCAGCGAAGACAACCUCCGGGGCCCCGAGCCGGCCCCCGUGGGGGAGGAGGAAGUGCUCUUGUGAAAGGUGGUCCCUGCCUGGAAAGUUGGGGGGCCCCUGCCCCCGGCUCCCCCGCACACAUGCUUCCACUGCAGCCCGAGGAGGCCAUGGAGCCGGAGUAGCUGCCUGGACCGCUCGACCUCGCAUGCCUGGCCAUGUCGCCCUGCACGGGGCUGCUGCACCCGCGUUUCCAUAGCAGCAUGUCCUACGGAAACCGAGCACGUGUGUAGAGCCUUGACCGUCAUCUCUGGUUAUUUGUUUUUCCUUUGUUGUUUUAAAGGGGACAAAAAAAAAAAAAAAAAAAAAAAGACUUGACUCUGUGACGUCGACCUUGGCCGCUGGCUGGCUGGACCGGCAGGUGUGAGGAAUUGCAGACCAAACCCACGUGCGCUUUGGGACAAUUGCUUUUUAAAAACGUUUUUAUGCCAAAAAUCCUUCAGAACCAUGUCAGAUAUACCAAGUGAAUGAAUGGGUGCAGGGUUUGAAGAGUGCGGAGAAAUGAGCGGGAAACUCCAGCGGGACUGGGCCACGUUGCUGUGUUCCUGAGGGAGCGGGAGGCUCAGUGUGACUCCUGCAAACUUCCAACCGUGGCACCUUCCAGAACCGCGGACGAGCAGGGCUAGCCCUCAGUAGCUACAGAGAGCUUCAGUGCAACUUAUUUGCAAGAAGGACUUUUCAAUUUUUUUAUGGGUAGAUUUGUAGUCAGGGAAACUGAAAGGGCUUGAAGUUUAAUUGCUUUUUGAAGGGAAUUUGCCAACCCUGGACGAGCCCUCAGCAGCCUUCGUGGCGAAAGCAUUGCUGGAGGACUGAAUGUGUCUUUUCAUCCAUCGCUCAAAGCGGGUUUCUGAAAUGGUUGGCCGGGCUCUAGUAAAUCUUUGUUAAAUUUCAAAAACUUCAGGGUGAAAUCCUACACUUCCAUGUACAUUACAUGGCUUAUGAUUCAACACAAAAAUAUUUUCAGUUCUCUAACUAGACUGAACUCUAGAGAAGUUCAGAGGCCAGGUAGAGCUUCCAGGACACGUCACAGCUUUCACCAUGUGGUCAGAGUUAGAGCCGAUGAAACCUAACGCCUGUAUAUUAGCAGCUUAGCUUGUUUAUAACCUCUGUAUUCCAGAGACUGCUGAAGUUUCAUUUGCAUCUUAAAUGCUCGCUGGUUGUAGUCAGUGGAACACUUUACCUACUUUGGGGAGGGCCCCAUGGGAUAUACUCCCACUGGGCUGAGACAUAAUGAUCUCGUUAGCAUCAAAGCUUUGGUAGGAUCUGCACAGUGACCUUGGGAUACCCUUUUAGAAAAGAUUGUUGAAACCCUGAGCAUUUCUCAGGGUGUGAGGGAACCAGGUGUAGGCACAGAUGUUCCCUUCUUUAGCUAGGAAAUUUGAUCUUUUGACUUUCAACCAAAAUAAACGUCCUAUUACUGGGAAGUUUUGUUGAGGUUUGGAUGUGACUCUGUCCAGAGCCACACACGGGUGAGUGUGGAGUCCAAGGGGUUGGAAAACCGGAAGGACUCUGUGGUGGGAGGACUUUGCUCUUCUUCUGUGCUCUGGGGAGAUUGGUCCUGGGAGGUAAAUUCAGUGCCGGGGCUCCAAAGACUGCUUUUUCUGUGGUUUCAGUGUGAUGAGCCCUGGCUCAAGAACUUUGUGCAGAGACAGAAGCAAAGCUGGUGUCCCCUCCCACCUAUUUACAGAGCAUGGGCAUUUCUUGGCUUCCAUAGAUUUUCUUAAGCUCUUGAUUGUAGUUUAGCCAGCCUUGCUUGCUGUUGUGUAAGCAGUUAGGAUUAGGGAGUGCUGGUUCCAAAGAGCACAGACUGAUGUAGGAGGGUUGUCUUGCCUGCUUGCUUUGUCUUUGUAACCUAGUAUUUGCGCUUGUCCUCCGCUGCUUUAAAUUUAGGGGGAAAUGACCCAGUAGCUCUACCCCUUCUGGUAGCAGAUGGGGUCUGGUGAGUUUGCAAUAAGCACCUUGCAGUGGUUAAAGUCUCGGGUCCUCAGGCUCAGCUCCAGCCUGGGUGCCUGGACUCUGCCUGGCUGAGUGGCCGAGAGAGCAGGCAGCAUGCAGAGCUCUGCAGAACUCCUCUCGUGUUUACACGCUGCAUCGGGCAACACCAUUUCUCCCCACCUCGGAACGUUCCAUCCAGGAUGUAUUAUGUGGAAUGCCAGUGGCCAGGCAGCACCGAGCCAUUCCCGUGGGUGGGGUGGGGGAGGUCCAUGUCAUAAUUUUUUUUGUUUUUUUAAUAAACACCAAAGAAAGCUGUGGAAAGGAACUCCUCCUUGUGGAAAGCAUAAGUAGACAUAGCUAUAACUAGGGCCACUACUCUCAGAGCACAAACUUGGAGUUUUUGAAAGCCAUGUUGGCCAGGAAAAGGGAGAAGCUGUCAUGAGACAGGAAGGACGCCUGUGUUUCCUCCCGCGACUGGCUCCUCUGUGGGACCAGUGUGGUGUGAGCUGCCUGCAGCUUACACCUGCGGCCUCGAGGAAAGCACAAGUCUUCCACAUCCUUUUCUUUUCCUCUGCCCGUUUCCGCCUCCCCAGUCCAUUCCAGAGGCUGCCAGUGGCCCCGGAAACCUUAUCAAGCCCCUUGCUGGCAUUUAGGGCUUUGGAGGCCAUUUCUCUACUGGCCUGGCUUUUUCACAGGGCGGAGCUCCUGUCUGCACAGCCUUUCUGGAACAAGGAGAACGCCUGCCCAGGGGGAUGUGCGGGCCAGGCCGUGGCUCUCACCCAUCUUCCAGAGGGGACCUUCAUGUUGCUGAUGGAGAACCAGGGUCUCCACUUGCUUCCAAGGUGCUAGGGAAGGUCUCACAGUCAUUGGUCCCAUCUCUUUUCCAGCUUCAUGGGCCGAGGCUCAUGGGACUUUUGACUUUUCUAUUCCAUGAUCUCUUCAAUGCCCGAUGCUUCUGUUUUAUUCCUGAUCCUUUCUACUAUGCAUUUUCCUUUUAUCAGGUGUACAAAGUUAAAUACUGUGUAUUUAUCACUUACAAGUAUAUGAACUUAAGAGAAAGAUAAGCCUUUGGUGUUUUUCCACAAAUGAUUAAGCUUCUCUGUAAACUUGAAAUAAACAGACAGCAAAAUGGUGCAAAA